UAAUGUGAAAAAAAUGAAAUGCUUGUUGAUAUUUUUUUUGUUGGGUAUUAUUCUAACAUUUACAAUUCUGGAUAUAUUUGAGGAGAGAAGCAGAAGGAACUCCCCAGACAGUCCAUAUGCCUUUGGUGUCUCUAACAUUUCCUGCUGUUAUGACUAGAUAGAAAUAAUCAGCGUUUUUAUUAUAUCUAAUAGCACAAAGAUUGCUGCCGUUAUCAUCUCUCCUGACGUAGACAAAUAACCUGCAAAGCAAAAUCUGUUUAUUGCUCCCGAGCUAUUAUAUAUAUAUAUUUUACAGUUGUAAAAUCAUCCCCAACAUAAACACAUGGCUCUGAUAAAGGUGCUGGGAAACUGGGGAGAGGGGAGAUGAAAGAGAUGUCCAUAGUCCACCAUCAGUGGGCGGUCCAGGAGGAUGAGUAGAGGUUAGAUAGAGCGCAGGUCGGUCUGGGAUUCAGUCUUAGCUGGACCACUCAUCUCUUUUUGUCCAUUGUUUUACGGGAAGAUCUGAUUUAGGAAUCCAAACGGGACACAGCCUGCAGCAGCCAUGGGAGAUAAAGAGAAGAAGACGGGCAAAAAAAAGAGUGUCACUAUAUUCGGCUACCCGCUCAGCAUCUUUUUCAUCGUGGUCAACGAGUUCUGCGAGCGCUUCUCCUACUAUGGCAUGCGAGCUGUACUGGUUUUGUACUUCAAGUACUUCCUGAAGUGGGAUGAUGAUUUUUCCACAACCAUCUACCACACCUUUGUGGCUCUCUGCUACCUGAGCCCCAUCCUGGGCGCCAUCAUUGCUGACUCGUGGCUCGGAAAGUUCAAGACCAUUGUUUACCUGUCCAUUGUCUACACGGCGGGGCAGGUCAUCAUGGCCGUAGGUGCAAUAAAUGACAUCACAGAUGGAAACAAGGACGGCACCCCCGACAACAUGACCUUCCACAUAGCUCUGUCCAUGGUGGGCUUACUCCUCAUUGCUCUGGGAACCGGAGGCAUCAAACCGUGUGUGGCUGCCUUUGGAGGGGACCAGUUUAAUGACGAUCAGGAGAAGCAGAGAAGCACCUUCUUCUCCAUCUUCUACCUCUCCAUCAAUGCCGGCAGUCUGCUGUCCACUAUCAUCACCCCCAUCCUCAGAGCUCAGAAAUGUGGGAUUCACACUCAGCAGCAGUGCUACCCUCUGGCCUUCGGGGUCCCUGCUGCUCUCAUGGUGGUCUCUCUGAUCGUCUUCAUCGUCGGAAGUGGUAUGUACAACAAAACGGCACCUUCGGGAAACAUCAUGGUGAAAGUCUGCAAAUGCAUCUUCUUUGCCAUCAUGAACCGGUUUCACAAUCGAUCUUCCCAGAUCCCAAAGAGAGAACACUGGCUGGACUGGGCCGAGGAGAAAUAUGACAAACUCCUGAUUGCCCAGGUGAAGAUGGUGUUGAAGGUUCUGUUCCUUUACAUCCCCUUGCCCAUGUUCUGGGCUCUCUUUGACCAACAGGGUUCAAGAUGGACACUCCAGGCCACCACGAUGGACGGUAACUUUGGUUUGAUGGUAAUCCAGCCUGACCAAAUGCAGACUGUCAACCCCAUCCUGAUUCUGAUCAUGGUCCCCGUCAUGGACUUCAUAAUCUACCCACUCAUUUCUAAAUGCAAACUAAACUUCACUCCUUUAAGGAAGAUCACUGUGGGGAUGUUCCUCGCAGGACUUGCGUUUGUGGCUGCUGCCCUGGUUCAGCUACAGAUUGAUGCAACCCUCCCUGAUUUCCCAUCGAGCACUGAGCAGCAAGCUAAGUUCAUCAACAUGGUUGACCGACCCAUAGAUAUCACUGCUGGAAAGUAUGCUUUCCAAUUGCAGGCUUUUCAGGGCAACGAGGAGUAUUAUACAUAUAAUUUGCCAUUUGACCUGACAAUAGAUUCUGGUUCCACUGAUACGAUCAGAUUACCAGGUGGCACUCGCAACACUAUUGUCAUUGUUGAAGAAGAAGGCAGAAUGACAAAUAUAAAGUUUGGCGAUGUUGUUGCAAAGCCGGAGGAGGGAGCUAACGCCAUCAGAUUUUUUAAUGGUUUUGGCAUGACUCUGAACAUAACAGUGGGUGAGGGAGAUUUUGGGAACAUCGUUAGCAAGAACAUGUCCACAUACGUUGAUGUGCCACAAGGAACGGCUAAAUUCUUCAUCAAAAAUGCUGCUGGAAGUACAUGUGUCUUCAAGCGAGAAUUUGGCUUUGGCAGUUCUUACACUUUCAUCAUCCCACCAACCUUCAUACUUGAAGAAAAUUGUGGACCGAACAUCAAGGAGGUAGAGGACAUCAAGGCCAACUCCAUCCACAUGGCCUGGCAGAUUCCUCAGUACUUCCUUAUGACAUCAGGAGAGGUGGUGUUCUCCGUCACAGGAUUGGAGUUCUCAUAUUCGCAGGCUCCCUCCAACAUGAAGGCAGUGCUGCAGGCUGGUUGGCUGUUAACGGUUGCAGUAGGAAACAUCAUUGUGCUGAUUGUUGCAGAGGCUGCCACACUUCCAGAUCAGUGGGCUGAAUACGUUCUGUUCGCUGCCUUGCUGGUGUUGGUGUGCAUCAUCUUUGCCAUCAUGGCCUACUUCUACACAUACAUCGAUCCGGUAAAGAUAGAGGCUGAUUUUGCGAACUUGGAGCCUGAAGAUGAGAAGAAGAAGAAGAACUCCGAAAUGACCAAGAAGGACAUGGUUGAGAACCAUGACGAGAAAAAGAGGAGGAGCUCCAAUGAGGGCAAAAUUGUGCAGACCAACUUCUAAAUCAAGACCUUUUCCGGCUUCCGGCCUUUACGUAUGCGAAACCUUCUGGGUUGUGUUGGUCAUGUCUAAAAAUGUCUGUGAUGUUUAUCACAGAGACAAAAAGAUAGAGUGAAUGUAUGACCAGACUGGGAUGGGGGAUCUGAAGCUGGUUGAAAACAGUGGAUGGACAGUUCUAGUGUAGGAUUCUAUUAGGACCAGUACCCGGAUCCCAGCUUAAAAUCUAAAGAGAAUAUGCUAUUUUGAAGAUAAUGUUUGCUUUGACUGUAAUUUCUGACCAGUCUUUUGUGGAAUUACCCCAAAAAACAUUCCAAUAUUUGUAUUUAUUUCCAAAGAGUAUUGUAUGUAUUGUAAAAACUAUUAUGACUCUUCCAUAUGUGUCAUGAUGGCGAUGAACACCCAAAGCUUCCUAGUUGGCUAAAAAUGCUCCAUUGUGGUCCAGGAGUAUACUGCCCUGUGCAGGGGUUGGUCAACAGAGUCUGUGAGAAAGAUACUAGACAGACACUCUCUGUAAUAAAAAAAAUCUAAUGUGCAUUAAAAUGAGUAUUUAGUAAAAAUC